GUGACGUCAGGCUGACGCAGACGUGGGUUGAUCAGCCCGUUUGGCGGUGUCCAUUGGCUCGGCUGCGGCACGUCCCUCCCUCCGGAAGCACGGGCCUUUGCACUUGGGCUUGGUGGUUGCGGUUCGGGAGCCCCCAGCCGGGACGAUGGUGUGCAUUCCUUGUAUCGUCAUUCCGGUUCUGCUCUGGGUCUACAAAAAGUUCCUGGAGCCGUACAUAUACCCUCUGAUUUCCCCCUUUGUCAAUCGUAUGUGGCCUAGGAAAGCGGUACAAGAAUCCAACGAUAAAAGCAAAGGCAAAGUGGACUACAAGGGUGCAGACAUAAAUGGAUUGCCAGCAAAAGGACCAAUAGAAGUCUGUGAUAAAAAGAAAGACUAAAGUGACUGUCCCCGAGGACCUCAUUGUUUUCAAAAUGGACCUAAUAAUUUGAAGCACCUUCUUUGGAAUUGUCUCUGACGUUUUCUCUUAGACCAGAAUUCAGGGUAGAUAGUUUAGAUAUUUACCUGAUACUAAUCAGGAAAUACAUGGUAUUUAUAUUUAAAAUGUAUUUAGUUAUAUUUAAUGAUCUCACUUCUGAGUUCCUUUCUCAUUACAGAAGCUUUCUUUCGUAUUACUGCAGUUUGAAUAAUAUGAAUAAAUAGAAGGUUUGUGCCAGUAGACACUGUACUAAAUCAGUACCUAAACAUCCUUGGGCUUCUAGCUUUUGUUCAGGCUCUUUGAAUUUAAGUAGAGAGAGUAAGGCAGUUCAGUGAGACUGUGUGGCGAAAUGAAAGGUUUGGGAUAUGAUAAUGACUCGACAUGUAAGGUUAUAAUUAUUGCCCAGAACAGUGGAGCCCCUUAUCUACAAGAAUAGUAAUUUCUGGUUAUUAUGCUGAAGAAAUAGCAAAGACAAGAAAUAGAGGAGACUUUUUUUUAAGAAAAUGGGACACCUUUUACAUAAAUGUCUAAUGCAUAUUAUAAAAUUCUAAUCCUUGUUGCAUUCCUUCUGUUCCUACAAAAUGUAUUAAAUAAUUCAGUUUA